AUGUCUUUCCUCGCUCUUCCUUCCGAGAUUCAUGAACUGGUCAUCUCUUAUAUACCCUCAAGUCAAGAUGUCGCCUCUCUCUCAAUCUCAUGUCGCACCCUUCACAUCGUGUGCGAUAUGGAGACUCGGAAAAGGUUUCAUCGAAUCCGCAUCUCCAAUACCGAUGAGAGUAGAAACGUGGCAUUUGACUUGUUUAUGGCCAUUUUAAAACGGCCACUGCUAGGUCGUUAUGUACGUCAUAUCGAGUGUGCCAUCCCGGUAGCCCAGCUUAUGAAUUAUCGCGAAGGAGAGCAUCAGCGCCAUUUAGGCCACAAUGAUAUAAGCCGUGUUCGAGCUGCCAUUAGGAAAGCUGGCUUUACCGGCCUCAAACAGGAUCGCAUACUGAAUAUGCUCAUGCAGCGAAAGGAAAUCAAAACGACAAACAUAAGAGGAAAGAAUAUUGAAUUUGAGUAUGGAUGGCCCAAACUCUCAGCUUCAGAGUUAGUUCUGACUCAGAAUAGGGAGUGUGUAACGCGUGGUUGUUUUGUAUCGCAAGCUUUGACGGCUAUACUUAUCACCGUGGCCCCGCACCUAGAGUCCAUGGCAGUGACAGUACCAACUGAGGGCCAGUAUAGUCCUGUUAGCGAAUGGCCGCUUCUCCAGCUUCUUCGCCAGACAAAUGCCGACCCCGAAAGCAAGCCAUUUCUACGCAACCUUCACACAGUGCAUAUUAUCCAUUUAAAUUUCCGUGCCCCAGGGGAUAUCAGCGCCAACGAUACUGAUUUCAUCCGCUUCUUUCAUUUGUUUGACAACUUCCUAUCUAUGGAUUCCUUCAGCACCCCCAAACUACGCCAACAUGGCGUUGGGAUACAGUUCCUCGAUGAACAAGAACUAUCUUCCAUUGUCAGAACCUCCAACGUUAGCAAGAUGUCGGUACUUCACUCGGCAGCCAACAGUACUUGUCUCGCUGUAUUGAUAUCAUCAUGCAAAGCUCUCCGGGAAUUUCAAUAUUCCAAUAUCAUGAUGCCUAAGGAAAGAGGUGUUAGGGAGAUUAACGUUAAAGCAUUUGUGAAAGCGAUAUGCCUACACAAAAGCACGUUAGAGGUUCUUGACGUUGACUUUGAUGUUACAUGCGAGCCCCAAUUGAAACGGAUGGAACACGAUGUUGGAUUACUGGAUCGCGAGGGUGGCCCGUUAGAUCUGUCCGAAGAUGAAUUGACUCGUGCGUUUCUUCAAUUUCUUUGGAACGAAAUGGGGUCGCUGAAGGAUUUUGCGGUGCUGAAACGAUUAAGCAUGGGAAUUCAAACUCUGUUGUAUUUCGCCAAAGGGGAGGAAGAAGGCCAUGAGAAGGAAAAGUUCAUACUUGCGGAUUGUUUACCAGAUAGUUUACACUAUUUGUGUGUUCGUGGAUAUGAGAGAGGGAAGAACAGCGAGCAUGAUGCACAGAUGGAUGCAUUGAGAUCCUUUUAUGACUCCGGGUUAUCCAAGUUGAGAGAGAUACGGGGCAUUGAUGAGUGUAUUCCCAAUUCCCCCCUUGCCAUACCCGACGAAUAG